GUCUAUGGAAUCACAGAACGGAAUCUUGUAAAAAGAUUAGGCCAUUUCAUAAAACAAAUGUAUAGUAACUCGCAGAAAAAAUCUACGGGGCAGUUUAUUUAUUUCAGCUUUGCAUUUUAAUUUAAACUGAAUCGUGGACCUAUUAUUGGUCUCUUCUAAAGGAUUCAUCUUCGAUCCUAGCGGAAGGGUUAGCAGUCUUGGUUCAGCAAUAGAAAAGAUUUGCUAUAAGAGAAGACGUAAGUGCAUCCUUGAACGAAAUGAAAGUUUGACUUAUGCCACAUAUUCCUUGAAUAGCAGCUGGCGGACGUACGUUUAGCGUAAAAAUUGUGGAGGUUCCUUGCUUUUCGGUGCAAAGUACAAAACAAUUGGCUCUGGGUCUAGGAUGUCAGUGCUGAAUCAGAGUGGAGAAGAACAGGCGGAAUGUCCCCUGUGUAUGGAACCUCUGGAGGUGGACGAUCUCCACUUUUACCCGUGCACAUGUGGAUACCAAAUAUGCCGGUUUUGCUGGAACAGAAUUCGGGAAGGCGAAAACGGGCUGUGUCCGGCGUGCCGGAAGGCGUAUCCGGAAAAUCCGGCAGAUUUUACUCCACUCAGUCAAGAACAGGUUGCCGCGAUAAAGACGGAGAAGAAGGCGCGCGAGCAGAAGCGUCGCAACAAGACGCUCGAGUCGCGGCGGGCGCUCGCGAACGUGCGCGUCGUGCAGAACAACCUCGUGUUCGUCGUGGGGCUGCCCGUGCGGCUCGCGGACGCCGAGAUUCUCAAACGGCAAGAAUACUUUGGGAAAUAUGGCAAAAUUCACAAAGUAGUUAUAAACCAAAGUACGGCGUAUGCGGGGUCACAGGGUCCGUCGGCGUCGGCGUACGUGACGUAUGUGUCGAGCGCGGACGCGUUGCGGGCUAUACAGGGCGUGAACAAUGUGACGCUAGACGGAAGGGUGUUGAAGGGCUCGUUGGGCACUACCAAGUACUGCGCGAACUUCAUGAAGAACCAGCCAUGUCCAAAACCGGACUGCAUGUAUCUGCACGAACUAGGUGAUCCGAAGGCGUCGUUCACCAAGGAGGAGAUGCACGCGGGCCUGCACCAGGUGUACGAGCGGCGGCUGCACCAGCAGCUGCUGCAGGCGACACGCGACCGGCCCGAGCGGACCGAUGACCGCCCCCCGGCCGACGGAACGUCUAGUACGAAUUCAGAAAAGGGCAGCUCUAAGGAUGGUAAUGGUACUCAAUCAAACUUCAUACCUACGACAGUGGUUACUUCGUCUCAAAUAAAUAUAGUCAAUACAUCUAGAUCGAAAAAAGACUCUGUAAACAGUAACAGCACUAGCAGCAGUAAUAGCGUCAACGGUAAGGAGGCGUGGCCAAGCCUCGGCUCCUCCCCGCCCACCGACAGUCCCGCCCGGAAACAGACCAGCCCCAAACCCAUACAGACACAAGUUAAAGCGCACGAAAACGGUACAUCAGAAUCUUCCAGUCCCCCACAACAAUCUCAAAGUAAAAAUACAAAAGAACACACAGAAAGCAAACCGAAUAGAAGCAAUAAGGACAACAGUAUCACAAACGGUCAGACUAGCAAAAAGAAUAAAUCAGAUAGCAAACAGAAACAGAAAAAUAGCAACAGUAUUUCAAACGAGGCCAGUGACGUCGAAACGACGCAUGACAAACUCGAGAACGGCAUGCAGGUACAACACAGUUCAGUAUUCGAAAACGACACACAACAGAGCUAUCUAUCAAAUGAGUUAGACGAAUUAGAAUCAGAUAGACACAGUCUUCUAGAAAAUCAUGACCUCUUAGAUAACAGUGAUCACAGCCUACUCGACGAUGAUAACACACAUAAUCUACUGAACGAUGCAAACAACGAGGUGAUGAUGAUGCAGAGGCAUAGAGAAAUGCUCGCCGGGCUCGUAGACAAUAAUCAUCUAUUGCCACAUAAUAUUAAGAGCCCCCUAGCGAACGGGUACGGACUGCUAGACAGAGAUUCCAUGAGUUAUCUAAGUAAUGAUAGGCAAAUUAGUCAAAUUAAUCAAAGUUUAAUGGAACAGAAGGAAAUGUUGUUAAGAGAACGCAACCGUAGCAGUUUACUUAUGAGACAGAAUGAAAUGUUGAACAGACAGCAUAAUGUUAUGGUGGAACCAAAACACUAUAUGCCCACAUCCAGUAUAGGACUAGACGCUAGUGAAUUAUUAGGUGCUAAUUAUCAUCCAAAUCACAAUAUGCUUCCACCGUUCGGUAUGAGAAUAGACAAUUCUAUGGCAGCCGGCUUAGCGAACACAAUGUCGAAUAACCUCACAAACACAAUGUCAGUCAACUCGCUCUCCGCUAACCCCAUCUCCAACCCGAUGAUCAAUAACAUGUCCAACAUGUCCAAUAUGACCAAUAUGACCAACUCUAUGGGUGUCAAUGCUCUGGGGGACUACAUGCUUCACAAUCAGAUGCAAAUGCAGAACCAACAGAUGCAGUCCGGUCUUAUGAACGGAUUCGAUAAUGCACAGGCCGUUAGCGAGGGUCGGUACCAAGCGGAGACGAUGGAUAAGUUCUUCACGGACUUCCACAAGGCGCAGCAGCUGCGACUGUCGCGCGACCGCCCGCCGCCACCGCGCGAGUACCCGCACAUGCUGCACGCAGACCGCCUAGAGAUGGAGCACAAGAGCAGGAUGAACAACAUGCGAGGCGGCGAGAGUUUACGCGCCUCCGGCGACGGGGACGACGACCUCGACUUCGACCCCUUCAAGGAGACGCAGAAGGCGCUGGCCGAAAUGAUGGAGACGGAGAUGAUGAUGAACCACGUCUCUGGCGACUCUGUGGACCGUCGUCGCGCGCGCCUGCCACCGCCGGGCUUCGCACACAUGGCCGGCUUCGGCGCCGCGCCACCGCAGCCCAUGCCGCAUCACCAGGGGUACAACACAAACAGCGCCAUGUACUCGGACUGGACCCAGAUGGACCCGGCCAUCAUGUCCACGUCGGUGAACUUCGGCAAGCCCCCCGCCCCCGCCGCCCCCGCGCCCGCCACACUCUCCCAGCAGCAGCAGGAGCUGUUCGCGCGCUUCAACCAGCUCGGCCUCCAGGGCCCCAAACCCCAGUGGGCCCCGCCCCCCAAGGCCCCCUGGCCCCUCCCCCCGUACAACUCCAUCCCCCUGCCCCCGGGCUUCGCCCCCGCCGGCGCGUCGCAGCACCCCGCGGAGUGCAUCGACGCCAAGUAACGUGCAAUCCAGCGGACCCCCACGCCCACUUUCCGUUGACGAUGUGAUCGAGAAAUCUUUGUAUUAAGAGAGCAUAUUUUAACGAGAGAAAUAUGAUAACAAAAAUUUGUAAAAUAAAUUAACAUAUUUGUUUUAUUUAAAAAGAAAAAAAUGAAUUAUUUUUAUUGAACAUUUUUAUUUUUUUUUAUCUCGGUUUCGGUCCGCCCCCAGUUAUUAUAUUUCUUGGCGGUCUCGCGAUGUAUGUAUAUUCGUGUUGCGCGCUAGAUACCCGAUUACGAGAAUAUUUUUUCUAUAUAACAAAAUGCAAUGCGACGCCGAUAUGGUUCGAUUUUGUAUCUAAUUGAGCCGUUAUUCACUGAAACGAUGAUUAAAAUUGAAGAAUUA